ACAUCUGGGCUAUUCCUGUUCAAGGGCAUGAAGAUGCUGCCAUCACUGGGGCUGCUGUUUGCUGCCCUCUCCUUAGCAAGAUGCAUCCCCCUGCAGCGGGCACCCAACCGCAGCAAACUCCUCCUCGUGUCCUUUGAUGGUUUUCGGUGGAACUACGACCAGGACGUGGACACCCCCAACCUGGACACUAUGGCUGCAGAAGGGGUGAAGGCCAAGUACAUGACUCCUGCCUUCAUCACCCUCACCAGCCCAUGCCACUUCACGCUGCUGACCGGGCGAUACCUGGAGAACCACGGGGUGGUCCACAACAUGUGGUUCAACACCACCACAGGUGUGAAGCUGCCCUACUACACCACACAAGGCAUAAGCAGCUGGUGGGACAACGGCAGCCUGCCCAUCUGGAUCACUGCCCAGAGACAGGGUUUGAAGACAGGCUCUAUCUACUUCCCUGGAGGAAAAGCAAAAUACCAAGGGGAAGAAGUGAACAAGAAGUUGGUGGAGCCUGCCAUAUUCAGCUACAGCAACGAAACCAACUGGAGGCAGAACAUUGACACGGUCAUGGAAUGGUUCACAGUGGACAACCUCGACUUCAUCGCACUCUACUUCGGAGAGCCAGACUCCUCAGGGCACAAGUUUGGCCCUGAAUCCACAGAGAGGAAAAACAUGAUCGAGCAGGUGGACAGAACCAUCGGUUACUUGAGGCAGCGUAUCCGGGAGAGUGACCUGGAAUCAAACCUCAACCUCAUCAUCACGUCUGACCACGGCAUGGACACCGUCAUAAAGACCAACGAGAUUCUUAUCCGGACCAUAAACAACUUCACAUUCCAAGACAUCGACUUUGAACUCUUAGAUUACGGACCAAAUGGACUCCUGGUGCCAAAGGAGGGGAGAUUAGAGCAUGUGUACUCAGUCCUGAAAGAUGCCCACCCCAACCUGCACGUGUACAAGAAAGAAGAGUUUCCAAAGAAAUUCCACUAUGCCAACCACCCUCGGAUCACCCCACUCGUGUUGUACAGCGACCCAGGAUAUGUGAUCCAUGGGAGGAUCAAGGUCCAGUUCAAUAAAGGGGAGCAUGGUUUCGACAACGAGGACAUGAACAUGAAAACCAUCUUCCGUGCCGUGGGACCUGCCUUUAAGAAGGGGCUGGUGGUGGAGCCCUUCGAAAGCGUCAACGUCUACGCCCUGCUCUGCGAGCUGCUGGGCAUCACCCCUGAGCCCCACGACGGCUCCCUGGAGGUCACCAAGCCCAUGCUGCGAGGGUCGGAGGACACUGGGAGCGAAGGUUCGGGUGCUCCUCUCCCUCCUGCCAAGAACCUGCCGCUGAUGCUGGGACUUGCUCUCGUUCUGGGAUGCUGGGGAGGAGUUUUCUAACCCCCAUCAGGUCAGCACAUCCAUGCCCAUUUUACAGGAGGAGGUAGCCAGCUCCAUUGGGAAGUUGGUAUCCUGGAGAUCCCAGCAGAGUCUGCAGAGCUCAGAAUCCAGUGGUGCCAGGCUCCAUAUGCCCCCAUGCCAGUAGUCCUCAGGGUGCUCCAGUGGGUGUGGAGCAGGAUCACAGACUCAUGGAAUGGUUUGGGUUGGAAUGGACCUUAAAGCUCAUCUCAUUUUAAGUCCCCUUUCCACUACACCAGGCUGCUCCAAGCCCCAUCCAACCCGGCCUUGGACACUUCUAGGGAUGGGGCAGCCACAGCUUCUCUGGGCAACCUGUGCCAGGGCCUCACCACCCUCCCAGGAGAGAAUUUCCUCCUAACUGCAGUGAGGAAGGGACUGUCCUGGAGGUACACUGAACCCUGCCAUACCCCUGCAGGAAGGUUUCCACUGCUCCUGAAAUCACAGGGUUUGCCAAGGGACACACCUCGUUGUGGCUGUUUUCACGUGGAGUGGCAGGACAUAAAACACUGGACACAGUACUUGGUCUUGAUGCAUUUCCAGCACGGAGCAUCGUUCGAUCUCUGUGCCUCUGAGACCCGGCCCUGCUCCUUCGUCCCCCCUGCCUCUCUCCCGGUGCCGUGCCCAUGUCCGGGUGUCCCGGUGUCCCGGUGUCCCGGUGCAGUACCGGCAGCCGGCGGCCGGGGGCUUCCGAGCCGCGCUCACAGCCCGGCAUUCCCGGGAUCCCGGCACUGGCGGUGGGAGCUUCUCACGGUAAACCCCCCGCUCAGAGCAUCUCCCAAAACCCGUGGUGCCCGCAGUCACCAGCCGCUCGCCCAGCGCCGCCCGCUGCCCCGGGGCCAUCAAUCCCCCGGAGAGGGACCCGCUCCUCGGUCCUGCGGGACAAAGCCUGGGAACCACCUCCGGCAGCCGCCGAGCCCGGGGCGCUCCCCAGCACCCACCACAACGCACAGGGAUGCUCCAAGUGAUGCCCUGGAGAUCCAUGUCACACACUGCAAUCUCCUGGCCCCCUCCUCCCCCCGACAAAACGCUCAGGAUGAGGAAUGCUCCAAUGUCCCAG